AUGGCCGGCUGGACCUCCAUCCCGGCGGAGCUACUCGCGGAAAUCUCCGGCCGCCUGCCAGGUGACGCGGACCGGAUCCACAUCCAUCAGGUAUGCUCCCACUGGCGCGCAUCCACUUCCCGGCUGGCCGCCUGCCGUCCAUGGAUCAUCGCCGGCCGCGAACCAUGGAGCCUGGUUGGCCCGGUCGGCGAACACUCGUUUUGGCUGCCCCUUGGCGGCCGACGGAUCUACUUGGGCACGCCCACGCCGGCGGGCCUACCAUAUUGCUGCGGCACGCCCCUUGGCUGGCUUGCUCUCAUGGACAACCUGCAAUCCCCAACGCGGUUUGUCCUCUGGGAGCCCCUCUCUGAAGCUGAGAUCUUUCUGCCCUGUUUGCCCGCCGUUGUCCAAGUCUUCCUCUCAGGAGACCCGCUCACCUCGCCUGACUGGAUGGCGAUUGCAAGCCAGAAGCUCUACAGCACUGGCACUUGCAUGGGCCAGACGCUCUUCUUCUGGCGGCCUGGAGAUGCCGCAUGGACUAUGCAGCUCGAGCGGCCAAACGGCAGAAUCGAUAGCUCAGCAUUCCAUCAGGGGAAAUUCUACUUCACCGACAUCGGGUGGACCCUUCACGUCUAUGAUCUUGACCGCUCCCCUCCCAAGCUUGUCCGGAGCACGUACCUUUACAGUGCUCUGCGAGAGCGCCAUGGAUUUCGGCAGUUCCCUGGCGGUGGCAGGCCGGCGUGGUAUGUGGUCGCAUUCAAUGGCGAGUUGCUGCUUGUUGUGAUGUACCGUGCGCCCAACAUAAAGGCUGUCGAAGUUUACCGCCCGGAUUGGGCAGCGGAGCGCCUGGAGCUGCGGGACAAGGUCACGGAUCUCGGCGAGUACUCGCUCUUCUUGGGCCGCGGUGAUGCGUUUGCCCUCUGUGCAAAGGACUUCACUAUGAUCAGGAGAAAUUGUCUCUACUUUGUAGAGCACGAUACAGUCAAGCAUCAAGAUUGGGCUAUUGUGUUAGACUUGGGGUCAAAUGUUUUCCAACAAAUUCCAUAUCCCGGAGAGCAGAUGGAGGGCACGGGCAGAAAUAAUCACUGGACGGCGUAUUCGUGGUUCUGUCUCAGAAGACCCUUCUUGAAGGGUGAAGCCCAGUAA